GGCCGGGGAGGCUAAAGCCAGCGGAUUCGGUCCUGAAUUGUGUACGGCGCACGUCCUCCUAGAUCCCAGGUCCACGCCGCCCCGGUGUGGGUGUCUUGGUCUCUUGGCCAGGGAUUCUUUUAGCUGUGGCUCUCAAGUGUUUGGGGUGUGUGUGUGUGUGGCUGUCUGGCUGGCAGCUCGGGUCCCUCGUCCCCGGUUCCUAGGCUCGCUCAGCUCCUUCGCUGAAGCCCCGCAGUGAGAAAGGCGUGCCGCCAGCUCUGCAAAGGAUGGAGCAGACCGAGGUGCUGAAGCCACGGACGCUAACCGAUCUGAUCCGCAUCCUGCACCAGCUCUUCGCCAGCGAGGAGGUCAACGUGGAGGAGGUGCAGGCCGUCAUGGAAGCCUACGAGAGCGACCCCGCCGAGUGGUCCGUGUACGCCAAGUACGACCAGUACAGGUACACCCGAAAUCUUGUGGAUCAAGGAAAUGGAAAAUUUAAUCUGAUGAUUCUAUGUUGGGGUGAAGGACAUGGCAGCAGUAUCCAUGACCACACCAACUCCCACUGCUUUCUGAAGAUGCUGCAGGGAAAUCUAAAGGAGACAUUGUUUGCCUGGCCUGACAAAAAGUCCAACGAGAUGAUCAAGAAGUCUGAAAGGGUCUUGAGGGAAAACCAGUGUGCCUACAUCAACGAUUCCAUUGGCUUACAUCGAGUAGAAAAUAUUAGCCAUACGGAACCUGCUGUGAGCCUUCAUUUGUACAGCCCACCUUUUGAUACAUGCCAAACCUUUGAUCAAAGAACAGGAUAUAAAAACAAAGUCACCAUGACAUUCCAUAGCAAAUUUGGAAUCAGGACUCCAUUUGCAACUUCAGGAUCACUGGAGAACAACUAAGGAGCGAGCACCCGCCAUUUGCUGUUCUGUCAUACACUUUACAAAGCCAAUACUUAGAUCUCCUGUAAGGCAGAUGCUAAUUAUAAGGCAUUAAGGAAGCAAAUAGUUUCCUAAGCAACUACAGAAGAAAAAUCUCACUAAAGAAAAAAAAAAAGGCUUGUGAUUUUAAAGGCCAAAUCAAGUACUCUCCUGGUCUUAUUCUCUAAAUCAGGAGUGGGAACCUUUUUUCUGCCAAGGGCCAUUUGGAUAUUUAUAAUAUCAUUCUCUGGCCAUA